AUGAACACAGCAAAGGGAACUUCAAGAUCUGAGGAAAGACUCUUUGACGUGGACUCUUCCGCGGGAUCCGACGGUCAGAUCGGCCUUAUUCUCGCUGUCUCUUCGGGUAGCCUUGACGCCGUUAGGGUUUUGGUCGGUGCCGGCGCAAGAAUCGAUCUUGACCGUGAUCGGGUGUUUCACGAGGCUGCGGGAGGGAACCGGAUCGAUUUGAUAUCGGCUCUUGAAAACUCGAACGGGGUUGUUUUGGGUUGGGCCAGGUUGGUGGAUUCAGGCGGGAGAACUCCGGUUCAUUAUGCGGCGGCCAACGGGCAUUUGGAUGCCGUCAAGAUUUGUUUGGAGUCUGGAGACGGAGAUCCGGACCAAGCUGAUUGGGCCGGUUGGAGCCCGUUACAUUGUGCUGCGUAUGGAGGGUUUUUGGACGUGGUUGAGUUUUUGAUCGAACGGUCAAAUUUUGAUCCGAAGAUUGCUGUCACUUUUGAUGGUAAGAAGACGCCGUUAGAUUUGGCCGUUGAGGCUGGGCAUUCGCAUUUACAUGAUGUGUUAGGGUUAGGUGAUAAGUUGCUCCGGCGUGUGAGGGUGGGCGACGUGGACGGAGUUAGCGAGUGCAUUUUCAGAGGUGUUGGGGUGAACCGAAAAGAUCAGAAUGGAUGGGCUGCUUUGCAUUGGGCGGCUUUCGGAGGCUGGGUCGACAUUGUGAGGCUGCUCGUCGAAAAUGCCGCGCAACUGGAUGUUGCGGAUGAUGUGGGGUUUACGCCGUUGAGAUGUGCAGUGGAAGGUGGGCGUGUGGAGGUGGCACUUCUGCUCGCAAGUUAUGGAGCUCAUACGAGGUUGAAGGGGGUGAAGGGCGCAGAUUUAUUCUCGAUGAAAUUGGAUUCCUGCGCUGCUAAUGCUGGUGGUUUGCUCUCAUUUGGCGGUGAUAGUAAUCAAAUAGUAGAAUCUUGACCUUAUUCUGCGAGUUUUUGGUGGUUGUUAUUUUAGGAAAAUGUAAAUAGUUUAUGUUGUUUUCCUCUUAGAAUAUUUGCUUUGGUGGCAUCACAUUGAGGAAGAGAGACCGAUGCAAUUUGUUUUCAUUAUUGUUCAAU